AUGUCACAAUCACUACGUCCAUACCUUUCUGCAGUGCGCAGCUCACUGACGGCAGCGCUUUGUCUCGAGGACUUUGCUUCGCAGAUGGCUGAGAGACACAACAAGCCAGAAGUUGAGACCCAGAAGACGCUGGAGGCGUUGCUGAACCCGAUGGUGAUCGCCAGAAACGAGAACGAGCAGAUACUGAUCGAGUCCAGUAUCAACAGUGUUAGAGUGUCCAUCAAGAUCAAACAGGCGGAUGAUAUUGAGGAGAUUCUGGUGCACAAGUUCACGAGAUUCUUGACAGGCCGUGCAGAGCACUUCUUCAUCCUGAGAAGAGCGCCAAUUGAAGGCUACGACAUCUCGUUCCUGAUUACGAAUUUCCACGCUGAGAAGAUGCUGAAGCACAAGCUUGUGGACUUCAUCAUUGAGUUCAUGGAGGACGUUGAUAAGGAGAUCAGCGAAAUGAAGUUGUUCCUCAACGCCAGGGCUAGAUUUGUUGCUGAGGCUUACUUGACGCCAUUCGAUUAG